AUGCUGUAUAGUAUGAAACUUGAUCUAGUUGAUGACGAGGUAGUACAGGAACAUGUAUUGCGAAUUAUGAAUAAUCAUGAAUAUACUGGUGUCCAUACGUUAGCAGCUGUAUCUUCCAUAUUUGGUCGUAAAAUAGAAUCUAUAUAUCCAAACAUAAAUGAUAAUGAUGGCUAUUUUGAGCUUCUAAAUCGUAUCAACGAACCACGGCAGAUGGAUUCAAUAUUGUCGGACGAACCAUUGCGAGUACUCUGGUCUGGCCCAGAACCGGAUGGAGAACGUAUAUGGCGUCCAAAUCAUUUUGUACCUGUUUUACGAACAAGAAGCAGUUUCUCAUCGAUAAGCAUGGAAAGUAUAACCGAUCGGGACCAUGAGAACACGGGAUUACCGUCGUUUCCAUUGGAUGAAAAUGACGUUGAUGUGUGUGUACAAAUGAUGUGUUUCUUCUACAUUGGAAGCAUGAAAUUCCGUUACGGAUGA